UGUUCGCCAUCCUCGAAGGUCAGCAGUCGUUCUCACAGAUUGAGUUCAGUCGUAUGAACAAGAUCUACUAUUUCAACGUGUUCAACGUAUACCUGGCAUCCCUGUUUGGUUCGUCUUUUGUACAAAUCUCAUCUGUCUUUGAGGAUCUGAUCACCAGUCCCCUGGAGUUUCUGGAAGCGCUAGGGGUGACUAUACCGAGCACAGCCUCGUUCUUCAUCAACUAUAUGUAA